AUGUCGGAAUUUGCACCUAUUUGUAUCUAUUUAGUGAUCAGUCCGCUAGUUUCUUUGAUUCCACUCGGUGUUCCUUUUCCAUUUGCUUCCAAUAGUUCGACCUAUCCAGAAAAAUUGUCGGCCUACGAAUGUGGUUCCGAUCCCUCCGGUGAUGCCAGAAGUCGUUUCGAUAUACGAUUUUAUCUGGUUCCUAUUUUAUUUAUUAUCCCUGAUCCGGAAGUCACCUUUUCUUUUCCUUGGGCAGUACCUCCUAACAAGAUUGAUCUGUUUGGAUCUUGGUCCAUGAUGGCCUUUUUAUUGAUUUUGACGAUUGGAUCUCUCUAUGAAUGGAAAAGGGGUGCUUCGGAUCGGGAGUAACCACUUUAGAAAGGGCAAAGGGGGGAAGGACAUAGGAAAGAGGGAUGCCUACAAAAAAUCAAUUGAUUCGUCAUGGUAGAGAAGAAAAACGGCGCACGGACCGUACUCGAGCUUCGGAUCAAUGUCCCCAGAAGCAAGGAGUAUGCCUGCGUGUUUCGACGAGAACACCGAAAAAACCUAAUUCAGCUCUACGUAAGAUAGCAAAAGUACGGUUGAGCAAUCGACAUGAUAUAUUUGCUCACAUUCCAGGCGAAGGUCAUAAUUCGCAGGAACAUUCUAUAGUCUUAGUCAGAGGAGGUAGAGUGAAAGAUUCGCCAGGUGUGAAAUCCCAUCGUAUUCGAGGAGUCAAGGAUUUGCUGGGAAUUCCGGAUCGUAGAAAGGGAAGAUCUAAAUAUGGUGCAGAAAGACCUAAAUCGAAAUGAAUGGAAGAUGCCUCUGGAACUUUUGGGUUCUUUUUUGGGGGCGAUAUGGAAGCAGCUAGCUCCCUUUCCCUUAUUACGUUACCAUUUCUCUCCGCUAUUCUUCGCAAAUUUCAUUGAGAGGAAUCAGCAAAGAAAAGAAAUCUUCUCCGGGUGACAGGGCCGCCCCGGCAGCGUGGCUUCUCUGCCGAGCAGGAAGCCACAAAAAGCAUUGUGCUCUUGUAACUGAUCUUUUAGUAGGCUAAGUUGCCGAAUUCUGAAAUCACUACAGGCACAGUGCAGGAAAUUGUGGUCCUCAAAACAAUGUGUCCCCAUGAUCAUUUUACAUCACGAUAUCUUUUUCUUCCUCAUUCUUAUUUUGGUUUUCGUAUCACGGAUGUUGGUUCGCGCUUUAUGGCAUUUCAACGAGCAAACUAAUCCAAUCCCACAAAGGAUUGUUCAUGGAACUACUAUCGAAAUUAUUCGGACCAUAUUUCCAAGUGUCAUUCUUUUGUUCAUUGCUAUACCAUCGUUUGGUCUUGCGUUGACAGUACUAAUAAUGGCAUUUGUUGUCUUAUUCGGAGUUCAAGGAAUAGCCUUUCAUCUUGGGAAUGAGAAUGUCGCGGAUCUCAAUGUUCUCGUCAUGACCAAUGCUCCUAACGGGGGUGACUUUCCCAUAGACCAACCUCCCGUUGGCGGACUACCAGACCUCCAGCAGGAAAUGGCGCACGCCGCCCAUCCCGAAGACAUAAUUGCGGAGUUGACUUCCAAGGUUGAAAGAAUAUUUCACGAAGUAGGCACUCCUCUUCCUUUAGAGGAAGGUGAAUCUGCGCGAUCGUUCACUGAAAAUCAUGUAUUGUGGAAUAGUGAGGGAGGAGAUACUCUUCAACAAAUCUUCUCCGAUUAUACGGAAGCCGGGGACGCAAGCGAAUUCGUCGCAAUAGCCACCAAUCUGGCGAAGCGGUUUCGCCGCGCCGAGCUCGGUGAACCGGAUUCUCCCGACCCCGAUGCGCCUUUGGAAGAGCAGGAGGCUCAUUCCACGGGAUCCCCUGAAAGCACAAAAGCAAAUGAUGGGGCGAACGAGGCAGGCCCGUCUUCUUCGCGGAAGCGUAAAAGGUGGGAUGAUGAUUCGGGGUCCGAAGAUGAUGAUUCGGGGGGCCCCGGGGAAUCUCCAGAUCCAGUGGAAAUCGUUUACGAAGGGGAUGCACAAGGGUACAACUGGGAGGGGAAUUAGGUUGGCCGCCAACUUCGCCUGCCUUUCUAUCUGAGUUCUUCCCUCUUGAUGCUUUCGAACGACUCCUAAAUUUCACAAAAUCCUUUUUUUCUUAUUUGAAAUCCAAAUCGAAAUGCCUCAACUUGAUAAAUUAACUUAUUUCUCACAAUUCUUCUGGUUAUGUCUUCUCCUCUUUACUUUUUAUAUUCUCUUAUUUAAUAAUAAUAAUGGAAUACUUGGAAUUAGUAGAAUUCUCAAACUACGGAACCAACUGCUUUCGCACCGGGGGGGCGAGAUCCGGAGCAAGGACCCUAAGAAUCUGGAAGAUAUCUCGAGAAAAGGUUUUAGCACCGGUCUCUCAUAUAUGUACUCCAGUUUAUCCGAAGUAUCCCAAUGGUGUAAGACCGUCGACUAUUUGGGAAAAAGGAGGAAAAUCACUCUGAUCUCUGAUUUCGGAGAAAUAAGUGGCUCACGAGGAAUGGAGAGACAGAUUCUCUAUUUGAUCUCGAAGUCCUCAUAUAACACUUCUUCCAGUCGGAUCACUUGUUGGAAAAACAUAAUGCUCACACAUGUUCCACACGGGCAAGGAAGCAUAAUAUCAUGAAAGCCGUCUGAUAAUCUUUCUAUAGGUUCCCCGAAGAGAAUGGAAAAAUCACAAAAACACUUUCUAUAUGUUCUGUUAUUUCGAGAUUCGAAGAAGCAAGCAAGUUUUUCAUAUAGCUGUUUCCUGUGUAGUGAUCUCUGUUCGUGGAGAUCAUGAGGCCCCUGAUACCCUGUGGUACGGGGGGGGGUAGAAGAGUGGGCAUGUGGGCUUCUAUCAAAA